AACUUAAGAAUGUAACCUAACCUAUAUUUUGCGUAAAAAUGUUAUUUAGAAAUUAAUACGAGAAAAAGAAUUUUUAUUUUAUUUUCUUAAAUUAAGCGGAAAUAAAAAUCACCAAUGGGACGAAGUCGCACUCCAUCGCCAGGAAGACGGAGGGAUCGAUCUCGAGAACGAGAUCGCGACAGAGACCGGCGGAGAAGACGAUCGCGAGAAAGAAGACGAAGAUCUGUAGAACGGGAUAGAGUAAAGUCGAGAGAUAGAGACAGGGAUCGAGAACGUGAACGAGACAGGCAUAGAAGAUCAUACAGCAGAUCCAGAUCACGAGAAAGAUCCCGUGACAGAUCCAAACAUAGAGCAAAGCCGAAGCCUUCAACAAAUGAACGACCCAUUAUUACAGAAGCAGAUCUUCAAGGCAAAACACCUGAGGAACAAGAGAUGAUGAGAAUAAUGGGAUUCUGUGAUUUCGAUACCACUAAAGGCAAAAAAGUAGAUGGGAACGACGUGGGUGCGGUUCAUGUUAUUUUGAAAAGGAAAUACAGACAGUACAUGAAUAGAAAGGGUGGUUUUAACAGGCCUCUGGACUUUGUUGCGUAAUUUAUCUCUAGUACAAUUUUAAGUGACGAGUAUAUCAAAUGAUAUCAUAGAUAUGACAAAAAUAUCCGA